AUAGAGAUAUAACACGGAAACAAGAUUCAUACUUCUCAACAAUGCUUAUACUGGGACUAUUUCUCCAAGCUGUGUUUUCACGAUCAGAUUCACAAAGCAUUGAGAUUCCUUCUACAGCAAAUACUGUGAACGGAAUGACCGAAUAUAUAUUCUACACUGAAACUCAGUCUUGGAAUACAGCACGAAAAGUAUGCAGCGACAUUGGGGGAUACCUUGCCCGAUUGGACACACCAAGGUUAUUUCAAAUGGCCCAGGAACAAGCAGCCAGUGCUAACAUCUGGCAUAUCAGUUGGAAUCACGCAUGGACAAGCCUACAUUGGCAUGACGAUGUCACUUUGGUCUUUGAUGACAAAGAUUGCAGCGUCUUCAACUCCACAUUCAGUGUCACUGAGGUCUUCAGGGAUGCAAAUAAUGCCAUUUACGACCCGGCCAAAAGAUGCUACAGAGUUCAAAAGAUGACUUUCUUUUAGAGACACACGAUUGUGAAAAUAAGUUGACGUUUAUAUGCGAGCGAAAAUCAGGCGACUGUCCCUACGUCAGUGUGGGGACGAGUGCUGCUGUAGUAACCCAUAGCAACGCCACAUCAGCAACCUGUCAGAAUGUCUGCAAAACCGUGCCCGGAUGCUACAUGGUAGGCAACUACCAAACCAACCUCUGUGUCAUGCUGAGAGUUGGUUCGAACCUGAUGUAUAGGAAAAACUGCUUUUCAGCUUCCCGAAAUGAAAGCGACACAAACGGAUAUGACGAUUCAACCGAUUCAACCCCUAAAAUUCCUAAGGGGUGCACGCCAAAUAAUGUUUCAGGUUCCGAGAACGUUUCUUCUGAGACCAGCGUCGCCUUAGGAAAUUUGUGUCCAUCGAGCGCGGCGAGUUAUGUCUACACCAGCACGAAAACGCUUGAAUGUUCUCCUAACGUCAUCACAGUCUCUCAACCAGUAAGUUACGUCACAGUGACGGACGUAACAUCAAUACAGGCUACAGUGACACAAACCCAAACAGCUACUGAAAUCCUGAGCACUUGCCUUCUUCCUCCAUCAACUCCAUCAUCAGUGAGUCCUUGUAUGGUCAGCACUGAGACUCUCAUCACAGAAUUGACGUCGACGGUGCUUGUGACGUCAGUGGUCGCCUGUCCGAGCGUGAGUCCAGUCCAGCUGACCGUUACGUCUUCUUGCCCUGAACCAACGACGGUUCUUCAAGAACAAACGUCUUGCUCCUGCGCAUCAGCUUUGAUGACGUCAGCAUCCACAAGUGUUAUCUCCCCUGAAUCGGCUUCGUCGAUUUUGUCAUCAGAUCUUCAAUCUGUGGACCCUGGUCCUGUGUUAGAACAGACCACAAUAUGUCGUACAUAUAACCUGACGGAACUUGGUGAAGAAGAACUAUCGGUUCUUCUAGCAUCCAUUGUUGAAGAACUUACAGUUGAAACGAAAAAUCUGUCGAAAACCGUUCGUAAACGGAUAAGUGCUCCAGACUCUAGACCAUCGUCCCAAAGCAUAGGGUAUUCCGCCUUGAGUCUAAUAUUGAUACCAUUUAUACUCGUCAUUUUAAUGGACGUCCCAGCAGUUAAGAAGGAUUUACAGAACACGUUUGUUAAAAUAAAGAACAGCGGCACCCCGUGAAGUCAGCUGCCUGAACACAGGUGACUGAAAUGAUUAACCAAUACGGAACAUAAUUAGAGUUCAGUGUGUAACACAGCUUCAAAAGUGUCUGUGACAGUUAGGUAGCCUAGUGGUUAAAGCGUUUACUUGUCACGCUGUAGACCCGGGUUCGAUUCUCCUCAUGGUUGCAAUGCGUAGAGCCCAUUUCUGGUGCCCCCAGCCGUGAUAUUACGGGAACACUGCUGAAACAUCACUCACUCAAAAGUGUCCAGAACGGACACAAAUGGAAAGGGAUCUAUGCUAGCUUAUUCUGCAAUCCUCCAGCUUACCAGGUUUUAAUUUCAACUAAUGUAACAAAACCAUAUAUCAGUAGGGUAAGGUAUGUGCAUAUACCACUCCCAUUUGACAUAAUUGCAUCACGAAUGAAUCCAUAUUUCAGGCAUACAUGUUUCACCAUACUGAACAGCAAAUGGCAACCGUGUUAACUUUUGAACAUAUUCUUCUGUGUCGGUGUAUGUCUGAACUGCAGACUAAGGAUAUCCUCCACAGGUCUGUCAUGAAACUUUUGAAAAAUGACUAUUAUUUGUGAUGUUUUUUGCUGACGCAAUGAGAAAAACGUUUUGUUGAAUGCAAAAGACACUAUGAUCAUGUUCGUGUUUGAUGUAUUGUGUUCUUGUUUGGCAAACUGUGUUGCUGUUUGUCAUUAUUAUGUUCUUGUUGGAGAUAUUGUGUUCUUGUUUGGCAGAUGAUGUUUAUCUUUGGCAAAUCGUGCUCGUGUUUGUCAUUAUUAUGUUCUUGUUGGACAUAUUGUGUUCUUGUUUGGCAGAUGAUGUUUAUCUUUGGCAAAUCGUGCUCGUGUUUGUCAUUAUUAUGUUCUUGUUGAACAUAUUGCGUUCUUGUUUGGCAGAUGAUGUAUCUUUGGCAUAUUGUGUUUUUCU